GGCGUAUGAAACAUAUUCCCAGUAAUGGCGAAAGCUUCCAAGUCGCAAGAAGAAAUUGCGAAUGAAGCCAUCAAUCAUGCUUUGAAGGCUCUGCGAAAGCGCCAUUUGCUCGAAGAAGCUGCUCAUGCUCCCGCUUUUGACGCUCUUUCUAGACCUAUCGCUUCCCAGGGCUCUGAGUGGAAAGAGAAAGCAGAGAAUCUGCAAGUGGAACUUCAGCAAUGCUACAAAGCUCAAUCUAGAUUGUCUGAGCAACUUGUUGUGGAAGUAGCUGAGGCUAGAGCUUCUAAAGCUUUGGUUCAAGAGAAGGAAAGUGCAAUCGCUGAUAUGCUAAAGGAGUUGACUGAAGUGAGGGAUGAGUGCUCUCAGUUAAAGAUGGACUUGGAACAAAAGAUUAAAUCUUUAGAACUGGUUGUGAGUGAGAAUUCAGAAAUUAAAGCACAACUGGAGCAGAUGACUGCUAAAGCCAUGAAAGCUGAAGCUGAAAAUAAGAUGUUGAUUGACCGCUGGAUGUUAGAAAAGAUGAAGGAUGCUGAUCGCCUAAAUGAGGCAAAUGCACUGUAUGAGGAUAUGGUUGCACGGCUAAAGGCUAGUGGUUUGGAACAACUUGCAAGGCAACAGGUGGAUGGUAUAGUUCGCAGAAGUGAAGAAGGUGCUGAAUUCUUUUUAGAAUCAAACAUCCCUUCCACAUGCAAAUACAGGUUAAAUGCACAUGAAGGUGGUUGUGCUUCCAUGUUGUUUGAGUACAAUUCUAGUAAACUGAUUACUGGGGGACAGGAUCGGUCAGUUAAAGUGUGGGACACAAAUACAGGAUCUUUAAGUUCCACUCUUUCUGGCUGCCUUGGCUCAGUAUUGGAUCUCACAAUCAGCCAUGAUAAUCGAUCUGUCAUUGCUGCAAGCAGCUCAAACAAUUUGUAUGUGUGGGAUCUCAACUCAAGCCGGAUCCGUCAUACCCUUACUGGCCACACAGAUAAAGUUUGUGCUGUUGAUGUCAGCAAGAUUUCAAGUCGUCAUGUUGUCAGUGCAGCUUAUGAUCGUACCAUAAAAGUUUGGGACUUGGUGAAAGGUUACUGCACAAACACAAUAAUUUUUCACAGCAACUGCAAUGCUCUUUCGUUCAGCAUGGAUGGACAGACCAUAUUUUCUGGACAUGUUGAUGGUAAUCUUCGGUUAUGGGACAUUCAGACUGGGAAGCUACUUAGCGAGGUUGCAGCACAUUCACUUGCUGUCACAUCAGUAUCCCUUUCUCGAAAUGGAAAUGUUGUAUUGACCAGUGGAAGGGACAAUUUGCACAAUUUGUUUGAUGUGCGAUCUCUGGAAGUUUGUGGCACAUUAAAAGCCACAGGAAACAGAGUGGCUUCUAAUUGGAGUCGCUCCUGUAUUAGUCCAGACGACAAUCACGUUGCUGCUGGCUCUGCUGAUGGAUCUAUCUAUAUUUGGUCAAUAUCUAAAGGUGAUAUAGUCAGUACAUUGAAGGAACACACUUCUUCUGUUCUGUGUUGUAGGUGGAGUGGGACUGGAAAACCCCUAGCUUCAGCUGACAAGAAUGGGAUUGUUUGCAUCUGGACAUAAUGGGCUUUUUAUAUGCAAGGGGAUGUGGUAAUACUCAAUUGUACAGUUUUCAGAAUGGCUGGCUGAAUUUUUUGUUAAAACAUUUUUAUGUUCAUACAGGGUAUACCAUUCAAAUCAGGGAAAGAUGUAUAUAUUAAUUUUUAACAGAUUUUCAUUUGAAUUACUUCCUCUCUAUAUCUCAAGUGAAGAAUGAAUAACUCUUUGUGAUGAAGCUCUUCCGUUAGUGAUGUUGAUCUGGCAAAUUUUAUUGA